CACUUCCUGUUUCUCGUCUUUAAAUGGACGCUGACUUUCGGCAUUUCCCGUUUCCUGUCUCUCUCUCCCCUCCCCGGGCACGGAGUGAUUUCCACCCGGAACGUUCCUCCGUUCCCCCUCCCCCCUCCGCCCCGGGUGUUUCCUCGGGACUGGAGCCAGCUUACCCCCACAUCUCCCCCUCCCCCGGGCGUCACUGUCAAUGGACUCCAUGAUGUUGGAGUUGCCGGGCUUUCUGUUCCUCGUCUGCUCCGUGUCUGUUGAAGGUCAGGGUGUGGUGGAUAUUAAAACUCCAGCUUUCCCUGUGAAUGGGACUGUGGGACGCUCUGCCUGGUUACCUGUGGAAAUAAACCCCAUCCCAGAGAAAACAGAAAUCACCUGGAGAUUCACUGAAAUUGGUCGUGCAGCAUCUAUCGCUCGAUUGGACACCAGUGACGGGAAAAUUAAAAUAUUUGAAGACACGGGGUUUGAAGGAAGGGUCACAGUGCACGGGAACCUGACCCUUCAGAUAGACAACCUGACGAUGGGUGACGGAGGGAUUUACACAGUGACUCUAACAGGAGAAGGAAGAGAUUAUACAGGAAAGGUUACUCUGCAAGUUUGUGAGCCCGUGUCUGUACCCACUGUGGAGCUGGUUGAGAACAUCACUGCUGAGAGCUGUAAUGUCACCCUGCUGUGCUCUGUGGAGAUGGGGAGUCACAUCAUCUAUACCUGGACAUCGCUGGGAACCACCCAGACAGAUGGGGAGGUGGAACAGCUCUCCGGGAGCACGGGGGAACUGAAACUGUCAGUGGGAAUGUCUGAGCCCAUCCACUAUCGGUGUACGGUGUGGAACGCAGUCAGUGAGGAGAGCGGGGAGAUCAGGGUAGACCCACCCUGUACAGCUCGGGUCGAGCAGCCGAAACAGUCGAAAUGGCUCUCCGUGCUGCAGAUCUGUUUGGGUGGAUCCGUCCUGAUCAUCCUCAUCGCUCUCCUGGCUGUUUCCAAGUAUUGUCCGUGGCUGAAUCCCGGGAGGUCAACCGUGCAGCCCUCCCACGCCACCCAACACCCGACAAGCAAGACGUAACUCCCUGCCCUGAGCCUCCUCUCUGCCCCUGAGACGCUCCUGUCGUUGUCACUGUCUGGACCUUCCUUCUGUCCCCUCGAUGCCCAUCGGUGGGUGUCCCAGGGCGUUGGCGACUCCACCAAUGCCGAAACCGUUCCCCCUCCAUCCCCUGUCCCUUGGCACCUCCCUCACCCUCCUGCCCACCCUCCGUUCCACUCCCUCGAACUGCAGGAGGUCCACCUUUUGUUCAGAAUGUGUUUUUGGCGCUCCGUUUGACCCCCCUCUGCCCGGCCGUGAGGGGGCACCUCGGAGUAUUAAGUCACAAAGACCAGUGGAGUUGCGGGUAGUGCCCGAGACGGUGAAACGGGAUAUUGAUCAGUUACGGAUCCAGGUGGAGAAAAUGGCAGGUGGAGUUUAAUCCGGGUGAGUGUGAGGUGCUGCAUGUUGGAGGGAUCAAACAUUGAAGGAAAAGUGUCCCGUUAAUGAACAGCGUUGAUGUCCAGGGGCAAUCUUGGGGUUCAAGGCCAUCGCUCCCUGAAAAAGUGGCCCUCACAAGCAGAUAGGGCAGGAAAGGAGGGCUAUGGCACCCUGGUCUUUAUUGGUCGGGGAACUGAGUACAAGAGUCGCGAUGUCACGUCGCAGCUUUAUCAGGCUUUGGUGAGGUCGCACUGAGAGUAUUUAAUUCUGGUCGCCGUAUUCCAGGGAGGGUGUGGGCGCUUCAGACAGGAUGCUGCCUGGAUUUGAGGGAAUGAGCUGUCAGGAGUGGCUGGAAAAACUCAGGCUGUUUUCUCUGGAGGCUGAGGGGAGACUCGGUCGCGGUUGUGAUGCAGGUGUCGGUGGGGCACGCGACCUUUUUUUUCAGCGAAUUGAAAAGCGAGCAAGGACUGACUGAAAUCACAGCGAGUACUGAACAAGCUAACAACGCCACACUGGGUCAGAACUAAUAGCUGGUGCUGCGUUGCCACGGAACUAAAAAAAAACAAAUUCAACUUCGGCCAAACCAUGGAAAUUAUGCCCCAAGAUACCAAAAUCCAAUCAUGUUCGAAAUUUUAACGGUUUUAUGAUGCUGCUAAAGCCAACGAACUGAGGUGAUGCUUUGGGGUCAAGAAACCAGACAUUUUGAACAGUUAAGGGGAGACGUGCGAUGGACAGCAAUAAUUCCAGAAUGCGAGGUGAACAACUCUCUGAAAGGGAGCCGUCUAUCAGAGGUUUGUGCAGCUCAGGGCUGAAGGAGAGACAACUCAGGAACAAUCCCAGCGGAAAAUCAACCCACAAAUCCGACUGGGUUUUGAAACGUGAUUCUGUAUUUUUUUUUUUAUCUGUGUGUCAGUCUUAAUCAGGGUGUUUUUUUGGAGUGGGGGCGGGGGGCAGUGUUGUUGAGUGGGAGGCUAUAAAGAAAGGAGUUGUGAA